AGAAUCUUAGUCUGCUGUUAAUGCGAUACUGCGAUAUAGCUUCUCAAGUUAUCAUUUUCGAUUAGAAUUAAAAUUACUGGUCUUCUGGUAGUUGUAUAUUGGGAAGGAUAUAUAUCCUGAUAUUUUCUAAUAAACAAAUGAUAUAUUUUAGAAAUGGCAGAGGAACAGGAAAUCCGACAACUAGAAUUACUUUGUAAACAACUUUAUGAAUCCCAGGAUUCUACAAUAAGAUCAGAUGCAGAGAAAGCUCUUCUAGUUUUUCAAGACGGUCCCAAUACUUUAGGAAGAUGUCAGAUACUUUUGGAUAGAGGGGAUUCUAGUUAUGCCCAACUAUUGGCUUCAACAACUUUGACAAAAUUAGUUUCAAGGAGUUCUCAAGUGUUGAGUUUACAGCAGAGGGUGGAUAUAAGAAACUAUGUCCUUAAUUAUCUUGCUACUAGACCUAAGUUAACUAGUUUUGUUGUACAAGCUCUGGUCACUCUAUUUGCCAGAAUAACAAAAUUGGGAUGGUUUGAUAGCCAUAAAGAUGAAUUUAUAUUCAGAAAUGUAGUGAAUGAUAUCACUAAAUUUUUACAGGGCUCUGUAGAACAUUGUAUGAUAGGUGUUCAGUUGCUGUCCCAACUAACAUGUGAAAUGAAUCAAAUAUCAGAAUUUGAAGCUAAUAGAUCAGUUACCAAACAUAGAAAAAUAGCAUCUUCAUUCAGGGAUACACAACUUUUUGAAAUUUUUCGUCUUUCAUGCACUCUACUCGGUAACGCAAGAGAAAAUUGUAAAAAUCUUAAUUUCAAUGAUGAGAGCCAACAUGGGCUAAUGACACAACUGCUGAGAUUGGCACAAAAUUGUUUAACCUUUGAUUUUAUUGGUACUUCUACUGAUGAGUCUGCUGAUGACUUGUGCACUGUCCAAAUUCCAACAAGUUGGAGACCAGCAUUUUUAGAUUUUGAAACUCUUAAAUUAUUUUUUGACUUGUACCACUCACUUCCUACUACUUUGUCAUCAUUAGCUCUUUCAUGUUUGGUACAGAUCGCUUCAGUAAGGCGAUCUCUCUUCAGUAAUACAGAAAGGGCAAAAUUUCUUACUCACCUUGUUAAUGGAGUCAAGCACAUCUUACAGAAUCCUCAAGGUUUGAGUGAUCCACCAAACUACCAUGAGUUCUGCCGGUUACUGGCAAGACUCAAGUCAAACUACCAACUCGGAGAACUUGUCAUGGUAGAGAAUUAUCCUGAAGCUAUCCAACUGAUAGCUAAAUUUACAGUUGAAAGUUUGCAGAUGUGGCAAUUUGCUCCGAACAGUGUCCAUUAUUUAUUAAGUUUAUGGCAGAGAAUGGUCGCUUCCGUGCCAUAUGUGAAAGCUACAGAGCCACAUCUUCUGGAAACUUACACUCCUGAAGUAACUAAUGCUUACAUUACAUCUAGAUUGGAAUCAGUAGCGGUUGUUGUCCGCGAAAACCUAGAAGAUCCACUUGAUGAACUGGGAAUGGUACAGCAACAGCUUGAACAAAUCUCAGUUAUAGGAAGGUGCGAAUACCAGAAAACUUGCACACUUUUAGUGCAGCUAUUUGAUCAGGCGGCUAGGGCUUAUCAAGAUUCUUUAGGAGAACCCCAGCAACAAAUAGAAAUAACGAUUCAAGAGGGUCGACUCACGUGGUUAGUGUACAUAAUUGGUUCUGCCAUUGGGGGCCGAGUAUCUUUCAAUAGUAAUGAAGAACACGAUAAUAUGGAUGGAGAGUUAGUUUGUAGAGUUUUACAGCUUAUGAAUCUAACUGAUGCACGGUUGGCUCAAGGUGGUUGUGAAAAAAUAGAACUGGCAAUGCUAAGUUUUUUCGAACAAUUUCGUAAAAUAUAUGUAGGUGAUCAAGUGCAAAAGAAUUCAAAGGUCUAUAGGAGACUUUCAGAAGUAUUGGGCCUCAAUGAUGAAUCAACAGUGCUCAGUGUUUUCAUAAGGAAAAUAAUAACCAACCUAAAGUAUUGGGGCCGAAGUGAGCAAAUCAUCAGUAAAACACUUCAGCUUUUCAAUGAUUUAUCAAUAGGAUUCAGUUGUGUAAGAAAACUUGUAAAAUUGGACGAAGUUCAAUUCAUGCUCAACAGUCAUACAAGCGAACAUUUUCCAUUUUUGGGUAACAAUGUGGCCAUUACUGAAAUGAGGUGUCGAUCAAUGUUCUACACUUCACUUGGACGGUUAUUGCUGGUGGAUUUAGGAGAAGAUGAAGAUAAAUUUCAUACUUUCAUGAUUCCAUUAACAGCUUCGUUUGAAAAUAUUGGCUCAAUGUUACCACCAGCAGAGACGCCACCAUUUGACUCUUCAUCAUUAUUUGACGGAGCUAAAAAAGCACUUAUUGGAUUAGCAAGGGACUUGAGGGGUUUAGCUUACUCCUUCAACACUAAAACGUCUUAUAUGAUGUUGUUCGACUGGAUAUAUCCAAGCUAUACGCCUAUUUUACUGAGAGCAAUUGAAAUUUGGUAUCAUGAUCCUCAAGUAACAACUCCAAUCUUGAAAUUGUUUGCCGAAUUGGUUCAGAACAAAUCUCAAAGACUACAAUUUGAUGUUUCUUCGCCCAAUGGGAUUUUAUUAUUUAGAGAAGCAAGUAAAGUGAUAUGUAGUUACGGUAGUAGAAUAUUAACAACAGAAGUACCAAAGGAUCAAAUAUAUCCCCUAAAGUUGAAAGGUAUUUCAAUUUGUUUUUAUAUAUUGAAAGCAGCACUUUGUGGGAAUUACGUCAAUUUUGGAGUAUUUAGGCUUUAUGGAGAUGAAGCUUUAGACAAUGCUUUGAAUAUGUUUGUCAAAUUAUUAUUAUCUAUUCCACAAUCGGAUUUAUUGGAUUAUCCCAAAUUAUCCCAGACUUACUAUGUACUUCUAGAAUUCCUAGCACAGGACCACAUGAGUUUUUUGGCAACCUUGGAACCGCAAGUCUUUUUAUAUAUCCUUUCUUCUAUAUCAGAAGGCCUUACUGCCUUAGGUGGGACACUGAAUUAUUAUACAGAUACGUUGGUGUGUACAGGAUGCUGUGCUAUUUUAGAUCAUAUAGUUACAUACUUAUUUAAACAGUUAACUCAAAAGGCUUAUCCAAAUAAGAAGGCUAGGAUAGGAAUGACUCCAAACAGUGAUAUGUUUUUAAAAGUUUUGGAGAUGCAUCCUGAAAUACUUCAACAAAUUUUGAGUACUGUUUUGAAUGUGAUAAUGUUUGAGGACUGUAGGAACCAAUGGUCAAUGUCAAGGCCACUUUUAGGUCUAAUUUUACUGAACGAAGAUUAUUUCAAUCAAAUGAGGGAGAACAUUCUCCGAAGCCAACCUCCAGACAAGCAAUCUGCAAUGGCUCAAUGGUUUGAAAAUCUCAUGGAUGGUAUAGAAAGAAAUUUAUUAACUAAGAAUAGGGAUAAAUUCACGCAAAAUUUGUCGAUGUUUAGGAGAGAUAUCAAUGACUCGCUUAAAGGUCCAAAUAUUAGUACUUCCGUUAUAGACAUGAUGACUUCAUAGUGAAACGCCAUUUUGGAAAGAGGACUUUGGGAUUAAGAAAGUACAAGUGUAGUGAGAAUAACUGAAUUAUUCUGUUAUGCAGGUUUUGUUGCAUUUUAUUUGAAAAUAAUUCUCAUUGUGUUGUGAUGUUUGGAUGUGUGGAUAAACAAUUGAUUGUUGGAUGUUUGGAGCGUUUUAUAUUUAUAUUUACAUCAGAAUGUAAAAAUUUGAUGAAAAUUCUAUGAUGGAAUCAACAAUAAAGAUUUUGAGUAUA